AACUAAUACAAAAGGUAUUUUGUAUUCACAACUGCUAAGAACUAAAACCUCGACAAAGCCUGUACUUAGAGACUCAAUCAAUUAGAAGAAAAAUGUCAAUGAUGAAAAGUUGAAAACCACAUAAUUUUUUCAACCACCGACCAUUUCCAAGAUUAUGGAAAAAUUCAAGUCAACGUCAACCAAGCUUUGGCAAAGCUUCCAUGGCAAUCUACUUAUAUGUUUACUCAAUGACUUCCAUGACAAUCUUUCACCAUAAAAUUUAAGAAAAAAAAAACCCUUAAAUACCCUAUUCUUCAAGGCCUUCAACUCACUCCCAAAAUGGUGAACACCAGAGCUAAAAUAAAGAAAAUCAAGAACACCAUAAACCUCUGGUUCUCGGAGGCUGCCAUGGCGGACUCCAAUCAUCUGUCAACAGAAUCUGGAGCUUUGAUCGGUUCCAAUGACGAUCUUUUAAUCGAAAUCCUUCUCCGAUUGCCUGUUACCUCUGUUCUUCGAUUCAAAUCUGUAUCCAAACACUGGCGUUCCCUUUUGAGUCACCUGCGUUUUACCCUUCUGUAUAAAAAUGCUUCAUCCUCUCCUGGCCUUUUUGUUCGCAAUCUGUAUAUUCCAUUUGAUGAUGAGAACCGAAGUACUCCUCCAUUUCGUGAUCUCGACUUCUAUCCUGAUCCUUGUGGUAUUAGAAUCGUGCAAUCUUGUAAUGGAUUACUGCUUUGUUGUAGCCAUCGGGGGGAAGAACGUGUUCAUAAAUAUUACGUAUUUAAUCCCACCACUAAGCAAUUUGCAGUCAUCCCAUCAGUUCUCGGAGGCGUGGCUGUUCGGAAAGCCAUUUAUUUUAUGGGUCUGGCAUUUCAUCAAACAGAUUCUGUUCACUACAAGCUUGUUUGCUUUCACCGUGCUAACCGUGGUGAGCCAUUUAAGAUUCAAAUCUAUUCAUCUGAUACCAGGAAAUGGAAGAUUUCAGAUCAAUCUUUCUCUUUGUCUGCUCCUUAUUAUGCAUCCUUCCACUACAUAGUUUAUUGGAAUCAAGCAAUCCAUUGGGCUCCAUGUUGUGUUAAUCCAUUGUACUUUAAGCUCGACAUAGAAGAGUUGCAAUCACUCCCAUUGCCGAUGAUGCCGGAGGCAUCUUCUGAAGGUUAUGAAAACGGGGAUAUGCCCCUUUACUUUGGGGAGUCACGAGGCCAUCUGCAUUUCGUGGAGGCCGCCGAUCGCAGUGUGAGCCAUUUACAGCUGAACGUGUACGACAUGUUGAACGAUCAUUCUGGGUGGUUUCUCAAGUAUCGAGUAGACCUUGAUGAGCUUCCGGAUGCUUACCCAGAGAUGAUUAGGGACUAUUUAGAUCCAUCGAGCCAGGGUUAUUAUGAAUUUGAAGUGUUUGAUGUGGUUAGGGGCGAAAGAGAAGAUGAAACAUUCAUGGUGAUUAGAAUUCCAGGGAGGAUCAUAAGAUUCAAUGUUGUGGAUAAGAGUUUCAAACAGAUAUCUGAUCAAAUCUAUUUACAUGGACUGACUGGACAUGUGAAUGUUCAUCGUUAUAUUGAAUCUUUGGUUUCUUUCUAAUACGAGUAAUGUCCAAUUUCAAUAUUCCAUCUGUUACUAUUUCUUUAUCAAGAAUAAAAGAAGGGUAACUCGCUAUUAAAAUCAUGUUCAAUUCAAGGUUUUUACAUAGCUUUUUACUUUUUC